AUGGACAAGCGUGAUCUGGAUGGCGAUACAAGUUUUCUCGCUGAUCUCCUUACGCAAGACAACCCAAGUGUCGAAUUCAUUGAGCAAGAUCUACGAGCAGAACGGGAAAAGGCCGUCCAAGCUCAAGUUGUACUGCACUUCGUCGACAAUGGUUUGAUGCUAGUCAACGACCUAAUCGAGGCAGCAGAUGGCAGAUCCUAUGAUCCUAUCAUCCUAUCGGAAGAAGCCACACGUUUAACCUACUCGUUUGCUUCGAAGGACGAGAUCGCUAAUUUAAAGGACAAGUCACAAGCGCAAACUGAAGAAGUGGAAGUCUUGAAGAAGAAUCUUGCCGAUCUACUUGCAACCCAAAGAACAGACGACGUUCAAGUACAAGUCCAUCAAGGCAAGUGCAAAGAAACGGUUCAAGUCUCUAGUGCUCAGAAGACGACACGCGUAUUCGUGGAUAGACAAGUGCAAGUCUCCCAUGUAGACGACAAAGAAUACUUCGAAAAAAUUAUCAAAGAGGUAAACGAUGAAGAUUCAGAUGUGGAAAUGUACUCAAGACUUCAAUCUCCAGUACGUCGAGAAGAAGGAGGGAGCUGGAGAGGAUGA